GUUAGUUCUCUUUUUGCUUCUGACAAGUUAACGUUAAAAAAUGCACGUACCUAUACAUUCUAUUUAAGAUGAUAAUGACGAUGAUUUUUAAUAAAUUCUAAGACAAUAGAUAUAAUUUAAUAUAGUGAAUUAUAGUUUUUUUAAACUAUCAAACUCGGCGAGUGUUUUUAAAUAGAAAUAAUAAAAAAUGACCAAAUUAAUAAUUUGGACUGCUAGUAUCGUGUUGAUAUUUCUGGCCGUAAUUUUCGAAACUUCAGCGUUGAUUGGAAAACAGCCACAAGCACCAAAUUUCCAAUAUUUUGAAAGACCGCGAUACAGAUAUCCAUAUUAUGACGAAAAUGGAAGAGGCCGCUUGCUCUAUGGAUAUGGUGGAUCAGAUUUAUACCAAUAUAAGAGCUAUAGCGCUCUCGAGGGUAUUCACUGAUCGGAAAAUUUCUCUUUAGCGGAAUAUUUUCAAAAUUUUUCUAUUCUUUCGCAAAUUCUUCAACAUUCCUUUUUUUAAAAUUCAAUUUUACUAAAAUUUAUUUCUUUUUGCAGAUUUUUUAUUUCUUAUUUUUUUGUUUUAUAGUUUUUAUUAGAAUUGAUCAAAGAGAUUUUACUAUUUUUUUUUUUUUACUAAAAACUAUGUUUCUUUCAUAGAAUUAACGUAUAGCACAAUUGAAUUAUUAUAAUCUUUGCAAUUUGUAACAAUUCCGAGGGAAAAUAUGUUAUUCUUGUUAAUAGUGUAUUAUUAAUUAGUCUUAAAAUAUUUUAACCAUGUUAUUUUUUAUAGUAAAAAUACAUUGACUUGAAAACAAAAAAUUUUUCGAGUUUAUUUUUAAAUACAGCUGCCUUCCAGAAGAGAUCGUUUGUUAAAUACUAUAAAGAAAACUUCAAGCCCAUUUUAUAUAAAAAAUUAAUUACCUUUUUCAUCUCAAAUUGCAGUUUUAUGAAAUUGAUUUUUUAAAGAAUUCUUAUUUUUUAGUUUUAUAUAUAUAUUUUUUGGUUCAAUAAUCCUGCUCUUUUUUAUUUUUCAAAACUUCGCAAAAAAAAAAAAUUUUUCCAGCAAUUAAUUUUUCACUUAAAUAAAAUAUUCUGAAUAUACAAUAAAAAACGACGUUAUUUACGCCUUGCGAUGUUUCUAUUUUAUAAUUUUCAUUAUUUUUCUUAAUUUACAAAAGUGCUUUAUUUUUUACCAAAAAAAACACACUCACACACACAAGACAUAUAUGUAAAAAUAGAAAAUUAAUUUAAAAAUCUAAACAAACGGUAAUUUUCGAAGACGACAAUUUAAAUCUUCAAUAAACUUAUUAGAGGAUAAAGAAUUUAAAUUAAAUUUCUAUGAUAUGAUUCAUUCUCCUUUAUAUAAUACAUCAAGUAAAUUAAAAUAUACAAAAAAUAUAAUUGAGCAAUAAAAAUAUUUUUUAAAAUUUCCUUAUUAAAAUGUGCGACGUCUUCUGGAUUAACAUUUAAACUUUAAAUUGAAAAUUUCGUUUUCUUCUCGAGAUUUUCAUUUCACACCAUUUGAAAAGAUAUACGCGUUUUUUCUAUUAUUCAAUCAUUAAUAAAAGCACCAGUAUUUUUCUUUUCCUCAGUAAAUAAAAUAUCAAGACAGUGUUGGGCAAAGAAUUUUUUUUUAAAUUUCACAAAAUUUCAUCUUAUAGGCUAAU